GUUAAUUGGGGGCGCUUCAAUAACAUGGAAAACCUUACUUCUAGAGGAAAAUUGACGAAAUUUGCCCUGAUUUAAUUGCAGUUCUUUGGAUAUUUAAAGUACAACAUAUCAUCACAAUGUAUGCGUGAUAAGAUUUUUAUUCUAAAGUGGUAACAACAAGGUCACCAUGAAUACGUUAAAGGGAUUUUGGAGAGGGUCAUCCCGGCGUUCUUCGUCGAGUGCCACUCAAGACAACUCUUUGGGUUUGAUGCAUCUACGGAAGCUUUACGUUGAACUUUGCUGCUCCGUGCAACCUUUGACCCAGAAAGAACAGGAAGAUAAACUUUAUGUGAUGUUACCACUGUUCUGCAAGGUGUUUGAAGCUAGCCCGGCAAGUGAUAUGAAGGAUAAAUUUGGGGAUGUGCAUCCUUUCACAGGUCAUAUAUCAAGAUUGUUUGUUACCGAAGUUCGACGAAGAGCGUCCAAUCCAUCUCCAGAGAAAGCGAGUCGAGAUAUUGCAGAAUAUAUUGAAAUACAAGGUAAUGGAAUGGAAGACAGGAGCCGUGGAUGGAUGCUUCUAAGAACUCUGACACUACUGAGCUCUGGGGGUCAGAGUAUCGUUGACGUGAUGACCACCUGCUCCCUGCCAUCUACUCUCGUCAAGUGUCUUUAUUUAUUUUUUGACCUGCCUCCUAUUGAGCAUGAUCAAGGAUCAGUGGACCAGCGCGACGGACAGAGGAAUGAUUUUUCACCAUAUGAGAGGAGAGUCCUUCUUCAAAAGGUGUUCUUGCAGUUAUUGACUCGUCUGUGUAACCACCAAUCACCAGCGGACGAGCUAGUUCGGCGUGACGAUCUAACGCUACUAUUCAGCGCCAUCACAAGCUGUUGUCCCCCUCACAAUCUGCCAUGGAGGAAAGGGGCUGCGGAAGUGCUGAUCACAAUUUCACGGAUGGGCCUUGAUCAAAAUGUUGUACAAUAUAUUCAUAAUAAAGGCUGCCUGGCAUUAUGUAUUGAGAACAUCAAACGACCACAGGAGCUGAGUCCACUAGACAUGGUGGAAAUGUGUUUCACCGUCUUCCAUUUCCUUAAGGAUUCCAGUGAUGUUUCCCAUAUCCUGUUGGAUGACUUCAGGACAUGCCAGGGAUAUAUCUUCCUUGCGGACUUUGUACUUAGACUUGAGAAAAUGGAAUCACAAGAAGCUAGUGAAGCUCUGCGCAAUUUAAUUUUUCUCAUCUCAUCUUUGAGCAUGUGUGGAUUCAAUGAACUUCGACCUAAUAGCUCCAUCCAGGAUGCCCCAUUUCAGCAACAUGGUUUUACUGUCCCCACUCCAAUAGGCAAUGGUGUCAGUGUACGAAAUCUACAAUCAUUUCAAGUUCUUCAAACUGUCUUCCUCAAAGCUGAAACAACUUUUCUAUGUACGACCAUCUUAGACGUAGUAUCGUCCAUCUACAACUCAGACCCUGCCAACUACUUCAUUCUGGAGCCUCAACACACGUUAUCGCAGUUCAUAGACCGCAUGUACUUAAAGUCCGACCAAGUACAGGAGAAGAUCUUUGAACUGCUGGAGUUUGUUGUUUUCAAUUUGAACUUUGUGCCCUGUAAAGAGCUAAUUAGUGUCAGCUUGUUAAUGAAGGGAGAGCAAUCAAUAGACUGUAGUAUAAUAGCAACACGGUACCUGCUAAAGAUACUGAGACAUAGUGCAAUAUAUCAAGAUGUUUAUAGAGAAGUAGGUCUUCUAGAGGUGAUGGUGACCUGCUUACGACGCUAUGCUACCAAGUUGAAAGAUAACCAAAAUGAGAAUAAUCAAGAAAUGAGUUCUGUUCCCAAAAUAGAAAUUCCAGAAAAACAAGAGAUGCUUGCCUUUCUAAUGAUGGAAGCGCUUACACUGCUACUCAACAACAAUCCUAAAAAUGCCAGUGUGUUUGGUGAGUGUGGAGGUGCCAGAUGUGUGCACAACCUGGUUCCAUAUCUCCAGUGUCGUUCACAAGCCCUGGCAGUAGUACAGCAGUUAAUCUUAGGCAGCAAUGGUGAUGAUGAUAUGGGAACACUUCUAGCAUUAAUGCAUUCUGCUCCUGUUACAGAACUCACACUAAAAGCGGACAUUUUGCAAUCAAUCUUGUAUGUCCUUCGGGAGAGCCAUAAAGCUAGAUUAGCAUUUCGUAAAGUUGGUGGUUUUGUGUAUGUCAUGUCUGUGUUAGUUGCCAUGGAGAGUUGCCUAGCAGAUAACCCAUCAUCACCAUGGAGUUCAGUGUCUGUAGAGCAGAUAUUCCAGCUGCUUCAUGUAGUAUUUCAAACAAUUAGUGCAGCAAUGCGACACGAGCCUGCUAACGCCAAGUUCUUUGUCACAGAGAUUCGUUUUGACAGUCUAAAGGAUGCUAUAAGGUUACUAGGCUGUUUUAGUAAAGGUCAAGAGGUCAUGUCUUCUUUGCAUCAAUCAAACAGUACUUCAUCACAUGACGAAGUUUCUAACUUAUCAACAUUCUAUAACUUAUUUGACAUUUCGGACAGCUCUAAAGGAAAAGUUGCUCGUAGUCUGCAGUCUGUAUGUUUAUUAUUGAGAUGUUUAUACGAUUUGGCAGUUGAUGCCUAUGAAAGUAAAUCAGCUGAGAUGCCAAUCAAUGCCCCUUCAAUGAGCCAUCAUGUUCAUGAUGCAUUUACCCCCCUCCCAACACCACCAACCUCACCAUCCAGAUCCCCGGAUGAACAUACACAAUUAAAGAUUCUUGAACAAGCAAAGAAGCGCAACUCAUUAUCACCAAGCCCCUCCCCAGCAAGAACACCAACAGCUGGUCUUUCUCAUUCAUCCACAAAGAACUCGAUCUCCUCCGGACACAGUCAGCCCCCUCCCCAUCCUACGAUAGUUCAUCCAGGAGCGGUCAUUUCUCUUUUGGAUCUUCUUCCUGCUAUUGGUACUGGAGACAAUGACCAGUUGGGAUUAGCAUUGCAAAUCCACACCACGAAUGUAAUCCAAGAACUUGUAAAGAGUGAGCGCAACCAGCAGGUCAUGUGUGAAGCAGGACUUCCGCAGCGACUUCUGUACAUCUGUAAUGUUGCACUAGCUGACGAAGACCACCCUCUACACAUGAACCUACAACACACACUAGAACGCCUUGCAUCACAGUCUCUGGAACCAAAAGACUUACGAGAUUUCCUUCGACUUGGAUCGCCACUGAACUGUAAGAUUUGGGAUGAUAAGUACAAAACAACAACAGAAAACAGUAAUAGUAGUUCACCGCUAGAAGUGUUAAAUUCCCUAAUUGAUUCACCAGAGGGAGGGAGCUCACUGAAUGAGUCAACUGCCUCCAAGUGUACCUGCAAUAUUUGUAUGACAGAAGGAUCUACCGUACCUCUCACACGUGUUAAGUGUCUCGUAUCAAUGACAACGCCAAGGGAUGUCCGAUUAAACAGCUCAUCUGUUACACCGGCUUUUGUUGAGUUUGAUAUGAGUGCAAAUGGUUACGGGUGUUUGUACUUGCCUAGUAUUGCACCGCAAUCCACACCUUCACAGGGGGUGGUAAGUUCUGUUGGAAUGACAGGAGGAUCAGAUACAUCAAUCAUCAGUGGAGUUGGCUCAGGUGAGAGACCAUUCCCUCCUCAGUCUGGUCUCACAUAUUCAGUAUGGUUCUGUGUUGAUCGCUAUGGCACGGCAGACUUUGAUAACCAUCAAACACGUCUCCUGACGGUCGUGCGUAAUAUUGUCGGCACAGACCACAAUUACGUGUGCUUAUCUGUCAAUAUAACUGCUCACGAUCGCUUCCUUGUCAUCAGUAGUCUAGAACGGCCAGUCUCAAAAGCAGUGGGGGACGAAGCAGCUAGUAAUGACUACACAGUUAAGGUAUGGUGUCCUGAACUUGCCCAGGAGGGCCAGUGGCACCAUCUUGUAGUGGUCUUAAACCGAGCUGUCAUGAAAAGUAGUUCUAUUUCUAUAUAUGUUGAUGGUGUCUCUCGACACACUCAGAGGAUGCAUUAUAUCCAGCUACUCCCAGGUGGCAAUGUCAACAAUCCAGGUGGCCUAGUCUCAAUAUACGCUUACAUAGGUACUCCAACAACUUAUCAAAGUUCAUCUCGCCUACUAUGGAGGCUAGGCCCAGCUCACCUGUUUGAAGAUGGCAUGAAUGGUGCCACCAUUGCAGCUAUUUAUAACCUAGGCCCUACAUAUGUUGGCAGCUUCCAGGCACCAAAGUCAGAAGCAAUUUUAUCCAAGAAUGAUCUCUACAACUUACAAAUUGCUGAAGACCGGAUCAUUUUUGGAAUCCACGCUCAUGCACUGAGCACGCUCACAAUCUCAAAAAUAAGGAAGAUUUUUAACAAAGUUGAUAGUAAAGCCUGUGCAAAACAACUGGUAUUGUCAUCACAUGACAAUGCUACACCAAUCAGAAUCUUGCACAACUCAGCUGGACAUCUGACUGGAACGGGGCGGUCAUUAGGGGCAGUUCUAUUUGGAAAUAUGGGUAUCCGAACAUUCUGUCCAAAACCUGUGGCCAGUACACUUGAGAAUGUUGGUGGGUCGGCAUGCUUAUUAGGACUGGUUGCCAUGGCUACAGAUGUUGAAGGUCUGUAUGCAGCAGUGAAAGCUUUAGUGUGUGUUGUCAAGAACAACGGACCAGCCAUGCAAGAGAUGGAGAGGACGCACGGUUACCAAAUUCUUGCCAUGUUACUUAAGAAAAAGAAGCAUCUACUUAACAGCCACAUCUUGCAUCUCACGUUCUCGCUUGUCGGUACUAUUGAUAGCGGCCGCGAAACACUGAUGAUUCCACACGAAAAAGCAUUUGAAGAUUUACUUGCAGAUUUGGAGUUGUGGCAUAAUGCCCCAAAUGAUCUUCAAAGAUCUCUCUUUGAACAUCUGCAUGAACUCCUCACCGAUUCAAGUGACUUGAAGAAAAAUGGCCGUCUGUUUCGUUCACUGAGAAUGGUGAACCGUCUCAUCAACAUGCUUCAUAACCACUAUUUAUCACAUUCCAAUAUUGUUGCUAUUAGCAACCUACUCCAGGUUCUCUUGCAAGGUGUCCCAAGUAGUACAGAUCUUUUGAGGUUUGCCCAGUUCCUUGUGUCUACUCUGCCAUCGUCAUCAGCAGAUGAAAGGUGUGUCACUAAAAGUGAUCUGGAAUUCCUAGUAGGAGAUGCCCACAGCCCUGUCAAAGACAGCGAUAGUGUCUCAGAUGACGGAUCCAGUGCGGUGUCUGCUCAUGACAUCCAUUUGAGGAAUGUGCUUUUAGAGAUGCUCUUCAAUCUUCUCCACACUCCAGGAACAAAUAAUAUCAACCAUAGCACCUGUGAUGAAAUACACAAAAUCUUGGGUUUAGACUGGGUGUUGUUGUUCAUGCAAGGACACUGUCAUCCAACGACAGUCAUCCUAGGCCUCCGCAUUCUGCUUGCACUUCUCUACAACCAGUCUAUGAUCUCGUGCUUCAGAGAAGGAAGAGAACGAUCUUAUGGAGGCGGCUGGCUAGACCAGACUGAUCAAGUUUUACAGAACAGGGUUGGAGUUGUGUUAGGUUUUAAUGUUGGCAAGAGCAGAAAGGUACAGGCCAGAGAAAUCAACAAAGAUGCCUGCCAUCAACCAGGAUUCCAGGUUCUUCAGUGGUGGCUGCAAAGACAUGCUGAUGUACCGCAGGUUUAUUUCCUUCUUAUGGCACUGAUGCUUGGACAACCUGUGCAAGAAUUAGGAGAACCUGGAAGCCAGUUGGAUCUGGAUACAAUGUGGAAGUUUGUUUUUGGUGUUCCUGCAAAUCAGCCAAUUGGUAACAAGCUAACAGGAUCAAUCUGCCCAGACGCCGGCCUUGUCAUCCUGUCACAGAUUAGGGUGAUGCUGAACGGGGCAUGGCAAGAUGAAGAUGAGAGGUCUUGGUUAAUGGAAUACCCUGUAAUAUUGGUCCAGUUCCUGCUCUUCCUCUACCACAACCUCACAGACUUCAAGCCAGUGUGUACCAGUGCUGACUUCCUCUGUGGCCUAGCUUCUUGCCUCUUUCCUUACCAACCACAUACAGAGCAGACCCCACCUAUGAGCAACCUUGAAGAUAUACCAGAAGAAACCCCUCAUUCUUUCCCUUGUGAUGAAGAAGAUUUGACUGUGGUUGGGGACGAAACUAAUGACAUUCUCUCCCCGAGUGAAGAGUUUAAGUUUGUUCCAGGGUUCAUGCCAUUUUUGGCAAGUCAGAACCAGGAUAAAUCCGGCUCAUCGCAUGGCAACCUAACAGAUCAUCCCGCAAGGAAGCUAGUCAUCAAUUUUUUGCGUGUCAUCAUUGUUGAUAGUCUGUCAUUGAGCAUGCCCAGUAAGACCCCACCUGUUUUGGAUCUUGUUUUGGAGGCUACACCAGAACGUGCUUCAACAGCUCAAAUUCAUGAGUUCCAGACUGAGAUGCUCACCACAUUAAUGGAGCAUUUCCUAAUGGCGGAUGUUCUGAUUGGUGAAGAGGCUGCAUUGCCAUUGGUUACCGGUGGAUCAUACAACAAUCUGAUCCAUAAUGUUUUUUACUUUGCCUCCCGGGUUGUUGACAAACUCUGGCAAGGUGUGUUUACAAAAGAUUCUAAGGAAGUGUUUGAUUUCAUAGCACAGUUAAUAGCUCAAGCUAAGAAGAGAGAAUCCUUUCCUAAAUUCUGGGCAAUUUUAAGCGCCGAAUUUGGUGGCAAGAAAGACAGCUCAUCACGUGGUCUUUCACUGGAUAACAUCUACCAUUGCUUGAACCGUACAAUAAUGUUUCAGUUAUCAAGACCACACAGUAAUGUUGCAGGGAAUAAAGAAGAUUCUGGAUGUUUUCAAAUGCAAAUAGAAAGCAAAGAUCUCACAGCUCUCUUAGAGGCUUUGCAUUGUCUGACAACCAACCGCAGUCUUGUGUUCGGUCCAGGUAACUAUGAAUCAGAGUUCAUAGGUUGUCUGUGUCAUCUCCUCUUCUGUCUCACGGCUGAUGCAAGCGGUAGUAACACGUGUUCCCAUUGUCAAACCAGUGACAGCGUUAGAACCACCACAUGGCACGUAGAACCGUUACUAAGGAACAACGAUAAGAAUGAGUUGACACAGAGUAGCAAUCAAGAAGGACAGUUGUUAGUAAGAAAUGCUGCGAGGCGUGUGUGGGAUGAACUUAUUCAGUGUAAAAAACAGCUUAUUGAAGACAUAUUUAAACUAACAUUGCCAUGCAAAACCAUCCAACAUGCUUUAACUGGUGGAAAAUCAUCUCAACAUGUUGAUCUUAGAAUAGCAAGGGAGACUAUGUCUGAACAUGCCAACAAGAUGUGGUUGGAAUACAUUAACAAAGAGAAGAAGAUUUCUGUCAGAGACUUCCAACAGCAGCAAUCACGUUUUGCACGUGUUGGUAGCGGCCUCACUCGGUUAGCUACAAAGAAGCUUAAGAGAGAAAGCAGUAUACAAAAAUUCCCUGUGUUUGGUAUUCAGGAUGCAAUAAAUUGUACGCUGACGCAUGUCGCAAUUGUUGAUGACCUUGUGAAAUUACAGUACAGCCAAGCUAAAGAGAGCCAGCAAUAUUUUCAAAAAUACAUUCAAACAGAAUGGAACCAGAUGGAAGUUGAGUUGACAAGAGAGCGAGGACUGUGGGGACCUCCACAUGGAUCUAAACUGGACAAGUGGAUUCUGGACCUGACAGAAGGGCCGAGUCGCAUGCGUAAAAAGAUGAUUCGCAAUGACAUGUUCUACCUCAACUAUCCGCACAUACCAGAUGUUUACAAAGACGCGGCUGAGUCUCCAAUAUUUAGAAAAGUGUUGGCCAAAGUUUCUGACGUGUUAGCCGAUCGCAAAGAGAAACCUUGCAAGGUUCGGAUGGCAAUGAGUCUGGACAGCCGUGAGUUUUUUUCUAGAAAAAGAGUCCAGAAGUUGAUGAAUACGCCACAGCCAGAUAGCCCAGUCUCGGAAUCAACCUCGGACUCGGAUAUUCAUGGGGAGACAUUGGAAGAAGAAGAAGGUAUUCGAACAGGCAUAAGGCCAUCAAGUUUAGUUACUAGGAAAGAUAAGACUGAGGAAGAAGAAACUGAUGUAAAUGAGGCAGAUACACCUGGAGAUAAAGAGGAGAACACAACAGACAACCAGAUGGUCCUCAGGUUGUUGGAGGAAGGAGAAAUAAUUCGCUACAUGUUUAGGUGUGCCCGUAUCCAGGGACUUGAUACGUCAGAAGGCCUGCUACUCUUCUGUAAGGAUCACUUCUACGUGGUCGAUGGCUUCACGUUGCAUUCCAGUCAUGAGAUUUGUGAUGUAGACUCACUACCAGCAAAAACUCAGGAGAACCAAGACCCAAUCAUUCCACGCACCUCACACUGCUCAAGAUCAGUCAGCAAGAAAAUGUGCAGCAAGUUUGCAUAUGAAGACAUUCGCGAAGUUCACAAAAGACGCUACUUAUUGCAGCCCAUUGCUAUUGAAGUAUUUUCGUCGGAUGGAAGAAACCAUUUUCUAGCAUUUCCCAGAAAGAUCCGUAACAAAGUGUAUGCAAGGUUUGUUGCUGAGGCAACAAGAUUGACAGAUGAUGCCAACCAAUCAGUAUCAGGGAUGAAGAGAAAUGCUCAGAUUGAAGGCGGGACUAGUUUUCUUGGUCUGGGAAAUCUGAUAGGAGAAAAAUCUGUCACACAGAGAUGGGAGCGUGGUGAGAUCAGUAACUUCCAAUAUCUGAUGUACUUGAACACUCUAGCCGGUCGCUCUUACAACGACCUCAUGCAAUACCCUGUCUUCCCAUGGAUCCUUGCAGACUACGAGUCCGAGGAACUGAACUUAGCCGACCCAACCACUUUCAGAAACCUGUCUCAGCCAAUGGGAGCACAAACUCCUGAACGACUUGGUCAGUUCAAUAAAAGAUAUCGUGAAUGGGAAGACCCUACAGGAGAAACACCAGCCUACCAUUAUGGCACGCAUUACUCAUCAGCGAUGAUAGUAGCCUCCUACCUCGUGCGAAUGGAGCCAUUUACUCAGCACUUCCUAAGGUUACAGGGCGGCCAUUUUGAUUUGGCUGACAGAAUGUUUCAUAGUGUGAGUGAUUCCUGGCAGUCAGCUUCCAAACACAACAUGGCCGACGUCAAGGAACUGAUCCCAGAAUUCUUCUACCUUCCGGAAUUCAUGACAAAUCAUAACAACUUUGAUUUUGGUGUGAAGCAAAAUGGUACUCGGUUAGGGGAUGUUAUUCUACCCCCAUGGGCAAAGGGAGAUCCAAAAGAAUUCAUCAGGAUGCACAGAGAGGCUUUAGAAUGUGACUACGUCAGCAGUCAUCUGCAUGAGUGGAUUGACCUCAUUUUUGGCUACAAGCAAUCUGGACAGGCUGCAGUGGAGGCUAACAAUGUAUUCCAUCAUUUGUUUUAUGAGGGCAACGUUGAUAUCUACAGCAUUGAUGACCCACUGAGAAAAAAUGCCACAAUUGGAUUUAUCAACAAUUUUGGACAGAUCGUUAAGCAGCUGUUUAAGAAGCCCCACCCACCAAAGAAGUUCAACAACCGAGUGGGCGACCAAUCAGGCUCAACAGUCAUCCAGAUUGACAGAUUGUUCUUCCAUAAUCUUGACCUCCUACGACCUGCCUUAUAUCCUAUCAAAGAAAUCAAAGGUCCUGUAGGUCAGAUCAUCCAAACUGAUAAAUCAAUAGUCUGCGUCGAGCAGAACAAAGUGCUUAUACCGCCCUCAUACCAUCGCUACUUUGCAUUUGGAUUUGCCGAUCUCAGUCUACGUCUUGGAAACUAUGACACAGAUCGUUUGACGACAGUGUUUGAAGGGACGCAGUGUGGUGAGAUUUUGACAGCAACUUGUGCCACCUCGAAGAUACUGAUCACCGGUGGGACAAGUACGGUGGUCCAUGUUUGGGAAUAUUCCACAAGCAAAGAGAAGUCUAACCAGCUGACAUUGAAACGUGCCUUAUAUGGGCAUACGGAUGCGGUCACAUGUUUAGCUGUGUGCACAUCGUACAACAUCAUCAUCAGUGGGUCUCGGGAUAAGACUUGCAUGAUUUGGGAUUACAAUCAACUCGUUUUUAUUCGUCAGUUACGUGACCUAGGUGCUCCUGUUACAGCUGUCUGCAUCAAUAAUCUAACUGGGGACAUUGCUAGUUGUUCAGGUGUGUACCUUCAUCUGUGGAGUAUCAAUGGCGACUUGAUAGCUAGUGUAAACACAUCCACUGGAAGAGAGCAACAGAUCUUAUGCUGUGCCAUGUCAGAGCUCGUAGAGUGGGACCAGCAAAAUGUUAUUAUGACUGGUUCCAGUGAUGGAGUCAUUAGGAUGUGGAGUGUGGAGUUUGUCCAAGUUCCAAAGGAGAACACCACUAAUGACAAAGUCCCAGAGAAAGUGCCUUCGGAAACCUCUUCCAGGAAUGAUGACCAUCAUGACACCUUGACAGCCAACAAUCAUGACACACCAGACAACCUCUCUGAUGCUGACACCAAGAGUAUCGAUAGCGCCCUCAGCGCUGGAGAUCUAGCGUUGAUGUGUCGUGUUUCAAAAUCUGAUCCUUGGUGUUAUGAAAACGGUAAUGACGCACAAAGCACCUGUGCCAUUGACGAUGGAAUGGCAUCCAUUGAGAGUAGUCAAUACACGGUUGGAGAAGACUUGGCUGGGACUGGAACAAUCUACAGAUCAACCAGCUCAGAUGAUGUCAAAACAUCACAACCUGUCUCUCUGUCCGUAACAAGGGCAGACAGCAAUAAUCAAUUAGAUGACGAUCAUGUCGGAAUGGAACCCCAGUACAGUGUCACUCCUGAAAAUGACAGUUUGAUUAACAGUAGAGGGCAGUCUAAUGUUAACUCUCCAACUUCGCCAUUAAGCUCAAGUGACUAUAUCAUAAUUACAGAUAGUGAAUUAGAACAAGUAAAAGACACAAAAGAUGAAAAAGAGAGUAACACAUCAGCAAUGCACAGGAAUAUAUUGAAACCAGGGUUCAAAUGGCAGCGUCAACUAAUGUUUCGCAGUAAACUUACGAUGCACACAGCAUUUGAACGCAAAGACAAUACUCAACCAGCUCAUGUUACAUCGCUUGCCAUUUCAAGAGAUCAUUUAAAAGUGUUUGUUGGCGAUGAUAAGGGGCGUGUAUUUAGUUGGACCGUAGCCGAUCCAUGUGGUAAAGGUGUUGCCGAUCACUGGGUGAAGGAUGAGCUUGGUGAGAAAUGCAAUCAAUGCGGUGUUAAGUUCACGCUAACCGAACGACGACAUCACUGCCGUGACUGCGGAAACAUAUUUUGUCAGAAGUGUAGCCGAUACGAGUCGGUCAUUCCACGCCUUCGCAUAACAAAGCUGGUGCGUGUGUGCCAAGCUUGUUAUUAUCGCCUCAAGUCUGCCUGAGAUCCUUUUCAUUCCACAAUAGACAAAAAUAUUAUAGAGACAUCCAUUGGGUCUUGUUUCUCGUAUACUAUAUAUAUAUAUAUUAAAAAAAAGGAUUGGAAUUGUAAAAUGUUUGUUUUAUUUCUUAAUAGUGGAUUGUAAUUAUAACUUGUAUAUUUAAUUAAUUCCAAAAGAAUGGUUUACAAAAGAAAAUGUGAAGGUUUAUUGUUUAUGUAUAAAAUGUAUAUUAUAUUUACCAAUCAUGCCAAAAAUGUAAUGUACUGUAUGUUAGAUGACAGGAUUUCAGUCAUGUUUAUCUCAACGCUGGUUGGUAGCAAUGCAUAAAUUAUGCUUUAUGUAAAACAUUUAAGACCAAGAAUCUGUAAGGCACAAAUCUUAAAUUAUUUGACAUAGUUAGGACAUUUGUUUAUAUUUGUUUUUCUGUACCAUUGGGAAUAAGUGCGUCGUGGUGGAGAGAAGACUUGAACCAGGAAUUCUGGUAUAAACAGCAUGUGCAUAUCACUACCAACAGAGUUAUGAAAAUUUAAUGUUCAGUUGUAGGAGACUCCUAGUGGUAAUUUUAACUAGUAUAUAUUAUAUUAUCUAUAAACAUGAAAUGUGUGUAUAUAGAGUUUAUAGAAUUUAGAUAGUUAUGAAUGUUGGUCUAUAGCUAUAUAUUCUGUUUGAUCAGAAUUGGGCUCCAGAUGUACAAAUACUUGGGGGGAAAAUGAGAUAAAUCUGUGUAUACAACAUAGUAACCAUAUGUACAACAUUAGAUUGCCAUGUGUGUAUACCAUAAGCGAUCAUGUGUACAACGUGAGACUGUCAUGUGAACAAUGUGAGACACCCAUGUGUAUAACAUAAAUGAUCAUGUGUACAACAUGAGACUGCUAUGUGCAGUGCAUGAUAUAACCAUGUAUACAAUACUUGACAACCAUAUGUACAGCAUGACACAGCCAUGUGUGCAACAUGAAACAACCAUGUGUAUCAGAUGACACACUCAUGCAUAUGACAUGAGACAAGAAUUUGAUGACAUGAUCAUGUGUAAUCAUGAAAUAACCAUGUGAAUAACAUGACAUGAUCACAUGUACAACAUUAAUUAACAUUAACAUUAUUUUAUUUCACUUAUUCACAUCAGGAUUUAUUUCUAGGUUUAUUGAAUUGCACCGUAAUAUAGGUUUGUAGUUGAAGGUACCACUACUUAAUGGCAUUAUUAAACUAGUACUUUGAUUAAAUUUUUUUAAUUACAUUUUAUAAUUUGCACAAGACAAUCUAAAUUAUGGUAUUUAAUUCAGGCUCAGUUGGCAUCAAGCAAAUAAAAGAAACAGACCUUCCACUCUGAACUAUCAUAAAAUGGGCCAAAUAUUGAUAAUCUAUAAGUAAAUAAUAUAUUUUAGUUCUCCAGUAUCCAUUAUUAAAUAUGUAACUUUUUGAAUCAUUUAUGAAUUUUGGUCAGAAUAAUCUUGCUGUCAAUAAUCUAUUUAUAAAUUGGAUGUUAUUUUGUACUUAAUGAAUGAAUCACAAAUCAACUUGAAAGCAUUAUUAUCAUUAGAAUGCAUUAGUAUAUUUCAGUGUAUGUUUUUCCCUUACAUAAGGCUAAACGGUAAUUGUUAUGUGCUGAGUAGUCAUUUGGCUCUUCUUUAUGAUUAACCCUAUUUUAAAGAUUUAUUUAAAAAUUUGUGUUUGUAAAUUUGAUACAUGCUAAUGUUUAACAUGUAAAAUAUGUUGUAAUUUGGGGAGAUUUUAGCCCCUUACUUAUAUAUUUCUUUGAAUUUAAAUUUGUUAAAAUGAUAUCCAAAUUUAUGAUUAAAUAUUAUAAAUGAUAAAAGCGACAUCUUGCCAGUACAGUAUAGGCAUAGUGGUAAAAAGGAAUUGUUAUACUGAUAAUAAAUAAUGUGCUUGUAGAAUACAACUUGCUAUGAGCACUAACACAAUCAAUAGAAUAGAACAACAAAAACUUAUUUAAUGGUUUCAACGAAUCCUGUUUCGCUUGUUCUUGUAAAUUGAUCUCACGUAGAGUAGAGUUUAACAAAUGAGGUCACAUGUAGCAUCAUAGCCAAUCAAGAAGUAGAGAUCAGGAUGUUCAUUUUUUUGUCAUUAGAAUGGUGAAUGUGGGCCUAGACAGUAAUCAUGGUGGUAUUGAGAGUCUAGAAACACUGGACACUGAUGAUUCAGAGGAAGUGAUCAUAAGCCUUGUGGUGCUAUUUAUCUUGUUCUGUUCUUUGUUUUAAUUUAGCUUUUUUUAUGUUUAUAUUUUGUACUGUAAGCAGUAGUUUCAUCAACACUAUCUUUGUUUAAUUUUUGACAUUGGAAUUUUUAUUUUAUUUGAGCAAUAUUUUAUGAAUCUAACCCUCACAAAUCUGGCACUAAUUCCAAAUAUAUAUGAUUAUUUAGAAAAAUUAACUUAAUCAAUUAACAGUUAAUCAAUUAACAGAUGAUGUAUUGGUAUGUAAUUUUAAGCAUAAAGGUAUAUUUUUAUACCCUCAUGGUAUAUCAGUGUUUGUAUUGCCAAAUAUAGAAAAAAAUAUCCUACAAUAAAUAUCCUGCAGAAAUCCCAAUUAAUAGUAUCCAGAUAUGCAAUGUGACAAAUAUCAUCAUGCCCAAAUAUGAAUGUUAUAUGACAUUAUCAUGCCCAUAUAUGGAUGAAAUAUGGCAAAUUGCAUUUUUUUUGUUUAUCUUUAUCCAAUUAUUUUUAUUUCUCUCAUUUUAUAUUUUGCAUAGUCAUUGUGUACCAUUUUACAGUACUUUAUUUACCCAGUUUAAUUUGCACUAUGACCUUUGAUAAUUUAUUUGCAAUUAGUACAUUAUACACGUUUGAUUAUUAUGUUAUGGAAUAUGAAUAUACAUACAUAUAAAUUGCUGCAAGUACAAUAUCCCUAUACCUAGAUGAUUGGCCUUUUGUUAUAUUAAGAUCUAAUCCAGCCGAGGAAGGACACUAAUUAAAUAACUGAUAUACGCCCCCAAAAAGUGGAUAUGAGGUAGGCUAGAGCGCACUCAAGAAGCCGCAGCUGUAUUAUAAUGAUGUGACAUUAAAUGUUGCUGUGUGAUAAAAUUAAAUGUAUAUAAAUAAUAAAAUAUUUGUAGAAACAGUGCUCAAAACAAUGAUGUAAAGAUUGUAUUGGACAAAGUCCAUCAGUGAAAAGGUUCUUUAAAAAGUGCCUCCGAUGGGUCCAAACUGCAACAGGGGGCGGAUCAAGAGAUGUCCAAUGGGGGGGCCGAUCGAAACAAUGAUCGAAUAUGCUAGGGGGUCCUGGGUCAUGCCCCCGCGAAAUUUGUGUGUUCUAGAUGCCCGAAAAUAACAUUUGAGGCAUUCUGGGCCAUCAUUUUUUUCUUUUUCUUCCUUUUUUCCUUCCUUUUUUCU